CAAAAGAGAGUCAAGAAUGGACCUUCCCGUCAUAGAUCUCUCACCAUAUCUACAGGGAAAUUCCGGCGAGUGGGACCCACAAAUCACCGCCCUAUGCGGCGAGGUAAGCCGCAGCCUGAGGGAGACGGGGGCACUGGUAGUGAAGGAUCCGCGGUGCUCCGUUGAAGACAACGAUCGCUUCAUCGAUAUGAUGGAGAGGUACUUCUCCAGCCCUCAACAGUUCAAGCUCCUCCACGAGAGGCCCCACUUGCAUUACCAGGUUGGGGUUACACCGGAAAGAGUAGAAGUUCCAAGAAGCUUGGUUGAUGAAGAAAUGCAAGAGAAACUGAAAGCUAUGCCUAAAGAGUACCAGCCACAUACUCCUGUUGGGCCUGAUCUCAAAUGGCGAUACUUUUGGAGAAUCGGUCCUCGACCAUCUAAAACCCGUUUUCAGGAACUCAAUGCAGAACCAGUAAUUCCUGAAGGUUUCCCUGAAUGGAAAGAAACCAUGGAUUCCUGGGGAUACAAAAUGAUAGCAGCAAUUGAAGUGGUUGCUGAAAUGGCAGCUAUUGGGUUUGGUCUUCCAAAGGAUGCAUUCACUUCUCUUAUGAAGCUGGGCCCACAUCUGUUAGCUCCAACAGGGAGUGACCUUCAAAGAUAUGGCCAGGAGGGAACUGUUUUUGCAGGAUAUCACUAUGACCUUAACUUCCUAACAAUUCAUGGUAGAAGUAGAUUUCCUGGCUUAAACAUCUGGUUAAGAAAUGGACAGAAAGUUGAAGUGAAGGUUCCUAUAGGAUGUCUUCUUAUUCAGACAGGAAAACAGAUAGAGUGGUUAACUGGAGGGGAUUGCAUAGCUGGCAUGCAUGAGGUAGUUGUCACAAACAGGACAAUUGAUGCAAUCAGUAUUGCACAAGAGCAAAAACGUAGCUUGUGGAGAGUCUCUUCAACGUUGUUUGCGCACAUAGCAUCAGAUGCGGUUCUGAAGCCCUUGGGACAUUUUACUGAAUCGUCGUUGGCAAGCAAAUAUCCACCUAUGUGUGCAGGAGAGUAUGUAGAACAAGAGCUUGCAGUAAUCAAUCUCAAGGGAAAGAAAUGACAACUUUCAUGGUUGACAAUUGUAAUAAAAAGUUAAUACAUUCUUCUU